GAGUGAAGAGCACCCCUCCCACUAGAGGCUGUAUAAAGGAGAUGGGGGAGAUGCACCUUUAUCCCUUUGCUCUCAGAAGAAGACAACCAACCAUCAGCUGCACACACAAUCUUGUGGGAGUUGCUGAUUCUCCGCAGUAAAGAGCUGCUGCUGCUGGAGUCUCACCUUGGUGGGCUCUUUGGACUACAAGGACAGGCCUGAAGACAAAUUGGGCAGCAUCAGUUAAUCUGAACUGGAAGGAAAUCCCAGAAUUUAGGAAAAUUAUAAUCUACCAUUUUCCUCCAGUGAAGCAAUGCAGGUUUUUAACGUGCUUUUCCUGAUCUUGGUGCUUGCAGCUAUGUUGGCACCAGUCUACGCCACCAAGCCAGAUUUCCUAAACCCAAGGAAACGGUACCACAGACACCACUGUCCUCACAGACGCUGCAUGCCUCUCCACUCCAGAGUGCCCUUCCCUUGAGGGUAAAAGUACAACGAGGGACUCCUGAGGAUCGACAUGUGGAUGUGAACGCUCGUCUGUGGCUACGAAUAAAUCCCAGGUGGACAAACCUAGGAAAGGCCCUGAAGCUGUGGAUGAAGAUCUGAUGAACAAAAAAAAAGAUGCAAUCUGAAUCUUCAACCCCAGAGAAGUCGGGACGUUAUUUAUCUUUUAAACGAGCAUCAACUCAGAGACCAAAGAGCUGGAUGUGCCUGUACAGUAUUCCUACGGUGUUUAUAAUGUAUGUACGCACUUCAGAUGUUUAGUAAAUUACAUUUAAAACAUUUGAAUAAAGAUGUGUGUGUGUGUGUG